AUGAAGACCGUCAACAACGAUUGCAAUUUGCACCAGUUGAUAAUGUCGAGAGCAGAUGACAACGCGGUGAUGGAGGCGGUGGACUCGGAGGUGUCGGUGACGUGCACGGACAUGGGGCUGGUCCAGAAGGUGUUCCAGCUGGCCCUGCUGUGCACCAAGCAGCACCCCAUUGACCGGCCGAGGAUGCACGAGGAGGCCCGGGUGCUGCUCUGGCUCAUGCCGGCCCCUGCCGUCUAG